GAGGACGGGGGGGGUUUUCUGGCGUCACUCGUGAGCCCCCAACAUACCCCUCAGAAUUAAUCCCAAAGCACAAUUAAGAGCUCGCCACAAAAUAUUGCGUGAUUGGUUGGGUGUGACGCUUUUCAUCGAGGUAGACGGGAAGCCAACGAACGGUAUCGGUAAUCAUUACGUACGGAGCUGCCCAAAUAAUCCCCCCCCCCCUCGAGCUCAUCGGCGUACCCCCUCGUGGCUUGCUUAUACGACUUGCCUCACACAACCACCCACCACCCCAAGCAAGCAUCGGGAACAUUUGUCAAGAAGGCAUGUCGUCCUUGGGUAACCGCCAGCCAUCCAUACGCGAGGGGAUGGAACACUGGCUCAGGUUGGGUUCGAAUUGGCAGGGGUUCGGAGGGACGCGUGCACCAGCGCCGCCUGUGGAGACCACGCUGCGGCAGGACCUGGAGAAGGUGUACGUGUACAACACCCCCCCGCCCAAGCGUUAUCCAGGGGGACUUUGGUGGGCGCGCGUCCUCAAUAUCGCCCCAGGACAGGCUGGCCACAGGGAGCUAACUCGCUGCCAGACCAAGGACGACGACAUGGUUGUUUGCAACAAAGCUUUCGGAACGGGAAGCGCCUACCAUAAACUGAAAAAUUAUGUUCUUGACAAGAUGGACGAAUCGUCGGAACAGAAGAAAAUGGUGCGGGCGAAAACCUUCGAAACAUGGUACAACAGCAACCUCCAGGAAAUGCUCGACGGUGCGUGGGAGGAGCUGGAGGACUACUGCUUCGGGGAUAUGGCUGAGCGCCUAUUCUUACACCUGAACGACUCCGCCAACGACCAGGGGGGGGAGACCUACGAAGACUGGCGCACCCGCUGGGUGCAUUGGCAUGGCGUCAAGGAACAACGCCUGUACGCUCUUUGUUCUUUAGUCCCUACCCCUCUUGCAGUUCUAAAGACCGCUGAGAGGGCUGCCGAACUGGACACUUAUCACCUGUAGGCGUCCUGCUAGGUAAUUACCGCAUGUAAAGCGCCGUUGUUAGGAUCUGCACGUUGCUUAGCCAGCGAUAGGGAAUUUGCCUUUUUAGUUCGGAAAGACGGCUGGGUGGGGGGAGCAGUCCGUCGGGCUGCGCGACCGGGGUCCCCCGGGUAGGCACGCACGCCGCGUGCAUCUGAGGAUAGACUUGCCUUUCGCCGGAAGUGAUCAUUUUUGUUCGUGUUGUGCGUGGAAGUACGCGUAACUGUCGGUGGGGUGCUGUCCUGGAACAGUUCUUGGAUAAUUCGCGUUCUGUUGGGGUAUUGCUCGCAGACUGGGUUGAUGAAAGCAGUGUUUUUCGAUUCCGUUGUCCCGUUGGUUUGUACACUGUCCAGGCCCAUGCCGGGACGUCAAUCGAGACACAUCACUAUAUAUCAGCCGUCUGGCAUCUUUAUCUUUUCGUCCAAGGACAAGGCGCGUGCACUGCGCCGCGCCUGCACAUUUGCUUCGAGCGGUGCGACGAGUCUGUGCUACGAGAGACUUGUGCUCGUCACUGUCCGUGGAGGGAGACCCCGAGCGCUACUCACAUACAAGCCUCGCAAUCAUGAAAUGCUGUUGAUGACGUAGGUCAGGCACGGCCAAACCCUGACGCAACAAACCUACUGCUACCAUGGUGUUUUGCUCUCCGGCGUGCCCCCAUAGGGGCUUGCACACCUCGGAAGGCUUUUCCAGGGUUGGGAUAGGCUUCUAAUUAUAAAUUCUUCGCUACAUUCAAACCAGAGAGGCAAUUACCUCAAAACAUGUACGCUAGACAAGUUGCAACCUGCGAGGAAUCCGCUACGCUGCCCCCCAGAUUGCUUCCCACCGGCCCUGCAGCAGUUCAGCCUUCUGCUGGGCAGUCAUGUCAGUGUCGUAUUCCGCGUCCUCAACCAAACCGUGAACUAGAUACGACGCCGCAUCGCCGGGGUCCAUCCACAAGAACACCCCGAGCUUCGACUCCCAUGUCGAGACCUGGUUCACUAACCACUCCUCGCUGCGGGGGUAGGCGUUCCGCACGCGCAUUAUCCUCGCCGUCAACCUUGCACACAACUCAAACACAUGCGGCUCGAAGUCCCGCUGGUGAUCAAAUCUCCCCUCCCCGAUGACUCGGAACUUCUUGAUUUGGCCAAUCGUAUUCUCCACCACAACACGGACCCUCCUCUGCUGAGAGUUGAAAUCCCUUUGCUCAUGCGUCAAGUUGGGUGAAAACUGGAACGGGACACACAUCUCGAGGCCCGUUGAGUCCAUCUUCGCAUCCCCGCGAUAGUUGCCGUCGCCCAUACCCGUCUCCCCUAACGUCAGGAACGCAUCCGGCUCCAAGAACAGCCUUGAGGCCGUGUGGGCAGCUCGGUCAGACAGCCGCCCAGAUACCGUUUCCACCUAUAUCGAUACGUUCGCGGAAAAGGUUGAACACGGGGGACAUGAGGCAGGAAGAAAUGACAACGCCGCACCGUCCAGGCCAUGACCCGCGGUGGGCAGUUAAUUUCUCACCAUCUUUCAUCCCUAGCGCACCUACACAUGCAAACGCUUGGCGCAAGGUAGUAAAACAAUAUGGCGUCGGUGCUCUCUGGUGCAUGCGUUGAGCUCACACAAACAAGCUUGAUGCCUGUUCCACCACCUACGCACCGAACUGCAAGGCAGCACUUGUGCCCGAGCACUACAAUAUCAUUUUGACUGGGUCCCACAAAACCCAGCCUUGGUGCCUCCAUAUUGCCCGAAAGUCGCUAGCUAGGUCGGGAACGACGCGAAGCGUGGGGACGCUCGACCGACCACGGACAGAGGCGGGAUUUUUUCAAGUUACUACUGUAGGGUAGGUACAUACGAAGGACGCUGCUGUGACCAACUUCAGCCCACAAGUAGGGUCGCCUGCUGUUGCGUUUGCUCGUGAGAUGAAGGUCACCGAUCAGCGACCAACGUGGAACCCCCGUGACAAACGGGGAACAUCCGUCACUGACAAACACAGAGCCAGGCGUGCACACAGGGUUCAGCAGCUGCCAACUUGUUCGUUGUGUACUAUUGGGGAAGUGUGCUGUUCGUUGGUUGUGUGAAAUAACGUAGCUAAAAAUCAGUGAGGAGGUACUGGUCACCGUUCGUAUUCGUAGCGAGUCGGGGGGGAUGACAACAAGAGGGAGAGCGAGGCGCAACGCACACACCAUUGAGGCAGUGCGCGAUGUUUUGCACGGUGGACAGCCCGGGACGGAUAGGCAAACAUGAGCCACAGCCAGUGGCGCCCAGUCCCUACCCCAACACUUUCGAUUUUAAUGCCCAACAGUUGGCCCGUGGAACAGACGACCGCGCGUUCAUGCCCAAGGUAACCCUUUGUGCCAAAGCCAUGCCGCUACAAAUAAAGGUACGACACUCAGUUUCAUUCGUAGAGAUAUCUCACCCGUAUUGGUUUGCCCCGGGCGUUGACAUACACGAUGUGGCUAUAGCCCAGGCCCUUGUUGUGGGAGUAGUGCUGGCCGUGCACUGCCCUGCGAACCUUCGGGCGACCAUCCUUGGGCUGCGUAGGAGGGGGUGUCAUGUUCGCCGUGGGGUGGGGGUGGUGUGUUAGGCGAGAUCCGAUAGCGAACGAAGGGCCCGCAGGUAUCCCUUUCAACAUCUGGCCUGAAGUCGCCUUCACACCAGGCACAGCGCAGUCAUGUACCUACCUGCACGUGUGUAGCGGCAUUGUGGCGAUCGAAAGCGCAAAUACUUGCUGCAUUCGGGGAGGAGUUUCCCAAACACACUGAGCGAAAAUCCAAGGGUGAUUUGGAGGUUCUCGGCUGCCUAACCUAUGCCGUGUAAUGUGACCUUUACACGAUGGAGCUAAGCCCUUCCAGCUCAUGCCUUGCCGCCUGUUUUCUCGAGCAACAAGCCCUAGCCCAUCCCGUUCGAACUGCGUUUCUCUAAGCAAUCGAAGGGAAGCGAC